AUGACAUCGGUAGGGUUCUGGGGACACAAUGUCAAUAUGCUUGCUGAGAAAGUCUUCUCUAUUCUCAUGAACUCAAUGCUAAAUGAGCAGCCCAGUUCAAGAUUUACUUGGUUCAAUUUAGUGCUGCGGGGAUGCCAGAAUGCACAGUUGUUUGUGGAUAUGACUGUCAUUGGACAGUGGUAUAGUACCCAUGUGACUGAAGACAAAGUGCCAAAAAAGCACCUAACCAUCAAGUUCUGUGAUCUUGAAGACAAUCUCAAGGCUGCCGUCUCUCAUUCAUCACCCAAGGGCACCACUGACAUGGCGGACACUGCCACCUUCACCUUGGAGGGCUCUGGUUCUGAUGACAACUCGGACAACUCAAAUGAUGAUAUGGAUGGCCAACAGAGAGGACCCCCAUGCCAGGCUUCUACACUCAAUAUCGUGCAGGAGUUCGCAAUCUGCGAGGAGGCCUUCAUAGAUCUGCUAUCUAAUACUCCUAGAUUGACUGGAGCUGGUGCAUCAGCAAACUGGGAGGCGUCUGUACCAACCUGGACAGACACUCCUAGGCCCCCAGAUGCCUUUAAACAACUGCAAAAAUCAAUCUGCACCAGACAGGAAUUGAACCCAGAACCUCUUGAAUCAUCCACCAGCUGA